AUUCCGACAGGAGAGGACGCCCCACUUCAGCUCCCCCCAGUGCCCCGGGUGAAUGAAGGCAUGAAGGGUUAGGCGGGCACACGUCGUCUCUGCACGCAUCGCACGGCGCCCUCUGCCCGCGCCCACUGGCGUGCCCGUCGGCAUGCCCGGGCCCCUUCGAAGUCUGCUUGCUUCUGGAGUGCCAGCGCCCUCCUGGCCCAGUUCCCCAUUUCCUCCCGGGUGGAGCGAGGGAGGAGGAAGGGAAGCAGAGAGGUAGGCGGUGGCAAGCAGCAGGCACAUGUGCGCGGGCGAGAGCCCCGCAGACUGGGAAGGCGGGCCCAUGGCAGGGGGUCUGCGGGGAUCGCGUAGGCGCGGGCCUUGCCCUGCAGCCGCUUCCCGGGCGAUGCGCACACAAAGCGCCCUCGGCAGCGCCUGGCCCGGGGCCCGCGCUCUGUUAGGGUCCGGGCCCUUCCCGCCGCUGCUGGGGCGGCCGACCUGGAUGCGGCCGGGGAACCCUAGGCUCUGGGGCCCGGGGAAGGGGGACGACGGCGGGGAGUAGGGAUGUGCAGGGAUCGGGCGAAGCCCAAGUGAGUUAGGGACCAGAGCCACCCCAAGCGCCGACUUCGCCCGCUCGCACGUCCCGGGUCCCUCGCGCGCAGGCCCCACCCCUCUCACCCCACUGGCUGAAGCACGCCACAGGGUGACGUCUCAGCUCCCAGCCGCAUCGCCCUGACUCCCGCGCGGGCCCCGCCCCCUGCCGCUAGCCAAUCUGUGCGUUUGUGACUUUUGGGCCCGCAGCCCCGCCUGCUCCCACUGCGAUACCGGUUUGCAUUGCCCUGACUCUCGCGCGGGCCCCGCCCCCUAUGCCGCUAGCCAAUCCAUGCAUUAGUGACGUAUGGGCUCGCAGUGCCGCUCGCUCCCACCGCGAGACCUUCUGCCCCGCGCCCGCGCGGGCCCCGCCCCCUCCAUCGCUAGCCAAUCCCCGUUUUUGUGACGUAUGGGCUCGCGGCCCCGCUCGCUCCCACCGCGAGACCUUUUGCUCCGCGCCCGCGCGGGCCCCACCCCCUCCAUCACUAGCCAAUCCCCGUGCUUGUGACAUAUGGGCUUGCGGCCCCGCUCGCUCCCACCGCGAGACCGGUUCCCACCGCCCUGACUCCCGGGCGGGGCCCGCCCUCUCCGCCGCUAGCCAAUCCGCGCGUUGAUGACGUUUGGGCUCGCGGCCCCAGCCUCCCAGCUCUCAGGGCAAGGCUGGUCUGUGCCGGCUACUCCCGCGGUUAGGUCCCGCCCCGCGCAGCGCGCGCAGCCUGCGGAGCCAGCGGCUGUGACGCGACAACGAUUCGGCUGUGACGCGACAACGAUUCGGCUGUGACGCGAGCGCGGCCGCUCCCGAUGCGCUCGUGCCGCCCCCGCCGUGCUCCUCGGUAGCCGUUGCUCGGCCGGUUUUGGUAGGCCCGGGCCGCCGCCAGGCCUCCGCCUGAGCCCGCACCCGCCAUGGACAACUACGCAGAUCUUUCGGAUACCGAGCUGACCACCUUGCUGCGCCGGUACAACAUCCCGCACGGGCCUGUAGUAGGAUCAACUCGUAGGCUUUACGAGAAGAAGAUCUUCGAGUACGAGACCCAGAGGCGGCGGCUCUCGCCCCCCAGCUCGUCCGCCGCUUCCUCUUAUAGCUUCUCUGACUUGAAUUCGACUAGAGGGAAUGCAAAUAUGUAUGAUCUUCCCAAGAAAGAGGACGCUUUACUCUACCAGAGCAAGGGCUACAAUGACGACUACUAUGAAGAGAGCUACUUCACUACCAGGACUUAUGGGGAGCCCGAGUCUGCAAGCCCGUCCAGGGCCGUCCGCCAGUCAGUGACUUCAUUCCCAGAUGCUGACGCUUUCCACCACCAGGUGCGUGAUGAAGAUCUUUUGUCUUCUUCUGAAGAGGAGUGCAAGGAUAGGGAACGCCCCAUGUAUGGCCGGGACAGUGCCUACCAGAGCAUCACGCACUACCGCCCUGUUUCAGCCUCCAGGAGCUCCCUGGACCUGUCUUAUUAUCCUACUUCCUCCUCCACCUCUUUUAUGUCCUCCUCAUCAUCGUCUUCAUGGCUCACCCGCCGUGCCAUCCGGCCUGAAAACCAUGCUCCUGGGGCUGGGCUGGGCCAGGAUCGCCAGGUCCCGCUCUGGGGCCAGCUGCUGCUUUUCCUGGUCUUUGUGAUCGUCCUCUUCUUCAUUUACCACUUCAUGCAGGCUGAAGAAGGCAACCCCUUCUAGAGGGAGCCGCAAGGGUCUGGGCUUCAGAGCCAGGUCUUUGGGGAAGUCCUGGCUGACUGCCUUAGCAGUGGGGGUGGGGGUGGGGGUGGGGGCAGGGGCAGGGGCUUUUAUGUGUUUUUGCUUGGGGGGCGCUGGGCCUAGCCCAGAGUAGUGCUUGCUCCCCCUGCCUUGUCCCACCAGGGAGGCAGCAGACUCAGGCCCUCCAUGGUCCUCUUUGUCAUCUUGUUGAUAUGCAUUCCUCCUUUUGUCAUCUUGUUGGGGGGGGAUUAACCAAAGGCCACCCUGACUUUGUUUUUGUGGACACACAAUAAAAGCCCCGUUUAUUUGUAA